CGUGCUUCAGGCUGUUGGACGCUGUUGUCUCAGAUACGGUUUCCUCGCGCACGACCAUACAGCGGACCGACGUCACUGGUUGUCAGCUGACUCAAGCGCGCGGCCACAUCCACUGCCGUACUAAUCAGUACGCAGAGAACAGAGCGCCGGUGCUAUGAGCGGGACGUGCGGUUUUGACAUGCGGUGUGUACGCCGUUUCGCCUUUUCCACGCGCGCCCUUAGCUCAGUGAUGUGCGUGCACUCGCGCCCGCACUCGCGGCUGCGUGCUGCCCCGGUUUCUUGCGUAAGAACGACAAGCGGGAAAGACGAGCCGUGAAGAUCGGAGGCGCGCGCACAAAGGACACAUAAAUUCCGCCGGAAUGACGACUUGUGACGGAGGUCCCCGUGCAUCCGCACUCCGCCGCUCGUAACACACACACACACACACACACACACACACACACACACACACACACACACACACACACACACACACACACACACACACACACACACACACACACACACACACACACACACACACACACACACACACACAAACACACACAGAGCCUCGUUUGGCGCCGUUGGAUUUCCACGCGAUCAUCAUGCCGGUGCGGCGGGGCCACGUCGCGCCGCAAAACACCUUCCUGGGGAUCAUUAUCCGUAAAUUCGAGGGUCAGAAUAAGAAGUUUGUGAUAGCAAAUGCCCGCGUGCAAAACUGCGCCAUCAUCUUCUGCAAUGACGGCUUCUGCGAAAUGACUGGCUUCUCACGGCCAGACAUCAUGCAGAAGCCGUGCACAUGCGACUUCCUGCACGGCCAGCUGACGAAGCGGCACGCCGUUGCACAGAUAGCGCAGGCCCUGCUCGGCUCGGAGGAGAGGAAAGUGGAGAUCACGUACCACCGCAAGGAUGGUUCGGAUUUCCUGUGCAACACCCACAUCAUCCCGGUGAAGAACGAAGAGGGCGUGGUCAUGAUGUUCAUCCUGAGCUUUGACUACAUCAUGGAUGACGGGAGCAUGGACUCGCUGGAGCGCAUCAACUUCACAUCACCGUCCAGACCCCAACACCGAAAGGGCCGUUUCUUCCGCUUUCGCCUCCCCGUGGCGCUAAGCAUGCUGGGACUCAGUAAGCAGUCCCUUCCUCAGGAGGACCCGGACGAGGUGACCGUCUGCUCGCCCGAACAAAUGGACAUGCGCUCGUCCUGCGCCUCUUCUUCCUCCCUGUCUCUAUCGCUCUCGCCACACGAGAUUCACCCGUCCACACAAGACAGCUGCAGCCCCUCGUACGCCAAUGACACCAGGGCUCUGAUAGGUCAAACCCUGCUGGACUCCUCCUCUCCUGCCUCCGGACCUCAGGACCAAUCUUCACCGAGGGACACGAGGGAAAGGACCGAACCUUCCGGAUCGGUGGCCAGCGGGAGCGUGUGUACGCUGCGUAGAGCCUCGUCCACACGUGACCUCGAGGGCUUUAACACUCACGUGGACAGUACGUACCGCGGUCGCCAUGCUAGUGAAGUAUCUCGCUCUUGGAUGGCUGGGGGACCGUUCAGCCAGAUCAGGUGCAGUCUUCUGGGCUCGACGUCCGACUCGAACCUCACCAAAUACAGCACCAUCAACAAGAUCCCGCUCAUCACGCUCAACUUCUCCGAGACCAACAACGACAAACGCCCCCCUUCACCCCCCUCCUCGGAGAAAACCAUCAUCGCACCGAAGGUCAAAGAUCGUACGCACAAUGUCACGGAGAAGGUCACUCAGGUUCUGUCGUUGGGGGCCGACGUACUUCCAGAGUACAAGCUCCAGACUCCACGCAUGGACAAGUUCACCAUCCUGCACUACAGCCCGUUCAAGGCCGUGUGGGAUUGGCUCAUCCUGCUGCUUGUCAUAUACACCGCCAUUUUCACACCAUACAGCGCCGCCUUCUUGCUCAACGACCCCGAGGAGAAGAACCGGCGCGCGUGCGGCUACUCGUGUAACCCGCUUAACGUGGUGGACCUCAUCGUGGACAUCAUGUUCAUCGUCGACAUCCUCAUCAACUUCCGCACCACGUACGUCAAUGCCAACGAAGAGGUGGUCAGCCACCCGGCCAAGAUCGCCGUGCACUACUUUAAAGGAUGGUUCCUCAUCGACAUGGUCGCCGCCAUUCCCUUCGACUUCCUCAUAUUCGGAUCGGGCUCGGAGGAGACUACAAUUCUGAUCGGUCUGCUAAAGACGGCCCGGCUGCUCCGACUGGUGCGCGUGGCCCGUAAGCUGGACCGUUACUCCGAGUACGGUGCGGCAGUGCUCAUGCUGCUGAUGUGCAUCUUUGCGCUGAUCGCUCACUGGCUGGCGUGUAUCUGGUACGCCAUCGGAAAUGUCGAGAAACCCUAUCUGGAUCACACCAUCGGAUGGCUCGACAACCUCGGCAUGUCCAUCGGCAAGCAGUACAACUACAGCGACCCCUCGUCGGGCCCGUCAAUCAAGGACAAGUACGUGACGGCGCUGUAUUUUACGUUCAGCAGCCUGACGAGCGUCGGCUUCGGGAACGUCUCGCCCAACACUAACUCGGAAAAGAUCUUCUCCAUCUGCGUCAUGCUCAUCGGAUCCCUGAUGUAUGCCAGCAUCUUUGGGAAUGUUUCGGCCAUCAUCCAGCGUCUGUACUCGGGUACGGCUCGAUAUCACCUCCAGAUGCUCCGCGUCAAAGAGUUCAUCCGCUUCCACCAGAUCCCCAACCCGCUGCGCCAGAGGCUGGAGGAGUAUUUCCAACACGCAUGGACCUACACCAACGGCAUCGACAUGAACAUGGUACUGAAGGGAUUCCCUGAGUGUCUGCAGGCAGACAUCUGUCUACAUCUAAAUCAGACUCUGCUGCAGGGCUGUAAGGCCUUCCAAGGUGCCAGUAAAGGAUGUCUGCGUGCUCUGGCUAUGCGCUUUAAGACGACGCACGCGCCGCCAGGCGAUACCCUGGUACACUGCGGGGAUGUGCUCACCGCUCUGUAUUUCCUUGGCCGAGGGUCUAUAGAGAUCCUAAAGGACGACAUCGUCGUGGCCAUUUUAGGCAAGAACGAUAUUUUUGGUGAGAUGAUCCAUUUAUACGCCAAGCCUGGCAAAGCCAACGCCGACGUGCGAGCUCUCAGCUACUGUGACUUGCACACCAUCGAAAGAGAGGAGCUGCUGGAGGUGUUGGACAUGUACCCAGAGUUUGCCGACUACUUCUGGUCCAGCCUGGAGCUCACGUUUAACCUGCGCGAUGAGAACGCCACGUCCAGCGGUGUUCGCCAGAGGAACCUGUACACAGCAGCGAGCGACUCGGAGCAGGAGGAGAUCAACCCCAGGGCAAAAGCCUGCUUUAAGGGCAAGACGUCUACAGGGACUCCCUGUCGCUACACAGUAGUGGAGAGAAACCGAGGCAGGGACAGAGACACACUGCAGGGACAGGAGGAAGAGGAGAAGAAGCAAGGUGAUGAAGAGGCAGAUGAGAUAGCGGAAGAGAGAAAUUUGGGCUUGGGGAUGCUCGGCCACCCCCUCCCUCUCAACCUGAGCACGCUCCAGGACAGACACACUAGGGAUUGUGUAACACUUCAUAAAGACGUGUGUGUCGACAAAUGGCCUUGUGGGAACAUCGAUGACUCUGCACAAUCUCAGGACCGAGAGGGCGGAGUCGACUGCGACAGCGACAUCACGUUCGGGGAAAUGGAGCAAAGGCUGGACUUGCUGCAGGAACACCUGAACAGACUGGAGGUUCAGAUGACGUCUGACAUCCAGGCCAUCCUGCAGAUGCUGCAGAGACAGAGCGCCUUGGGGCCUCCAGCCUACAGCACUUUAGCCUCAAGCCCUGAAUACAACAAACCUGCCAUCCGAGUGCAGCCUGUUAUCGCUGGACACACACAGAGUCCUGAUUUAGAGCCCAGUGAGACAAACAACCCCAAAGACCGCACACUUCCCCCUGCCAUGGAGACGAGCUCUGACGUAAGCAGGAUUAAAGACUCCGAGUGGGAGGCGGAGCUAAGACCGAUACAGGAAACGGAGCCCGAUUCGUCUCAUGAUGGCACGACACCAGGUCUCCACAGGCCCUCUUCUGACCCCGGGCUUCCAGGGAGCCGGCAUUAGGUCAUCAAAGACUUGUUUAUAAUGCAUUAUAACCAUAUCUGGAAGUAGGAUGCCAGAGACGAACUUCUCUCACACUGAAAACCAGCGCACGCUGGACUCAGGGUACAGAGUGAAAGUGUGAGUGAGAGAGAGAGAGAGAGAGAGAGAGAGAGAGAGAGAGAGAGAAAGAGAGAAGAAAAUUCUGUA